AUGCCGCCGUUCUCGAGCAUCCGAUCGCACCGCUCCUCCGUCGACCCCCCGAAGAGACCCCGCGCUCCAACAUCGUCACCCUUCAACGUCGGCGGCCAGAUUAUUUCAAGACCACCGCAGACCCUAGCCGCAGCCGGGCCCACCUCCGUCCUCUCGACCCCCCUCCCUUACAUCGACCGCGACCCCACUCUCUCACCUCCUCUCCUCCCUCUCCCCGCCAACCAAAUCGCCUCCCCUCCUCUCCUCCUAUCCGGCCUCAGCGCGCUUCUCCGCCCUCCGAUCUCAUCUCCGAGGCCAGACUUCUACGAGACGUCGACUCCUCGCUGCUCUCCAGCAUCCCCCCACUUCCGGACGCCCUUGGACCUCUCCAGGGUCCACGAUCCGCCCCAUCAAACGUGCCGGCGAUUCCCACCGCCGACUCCACCGACGCCUCCGGCGCGUCCACGUGGCCACAGCGGCCAAGAUCACGUCUUUCGACUGGUCGCUCUCGAAGAGAUCCACCGUCACUGCACUAGGGCUCCCCGCCGUGAUUCCACUCCUCGCACCUUGACGCUCUGUCGUCGCCGCGGCGCCGUUGAACUUCCCGGGUCCAGAUCUUGGGACCUCGCGGCUCGUCCGCUGGAGAAGGACCGCCCCCUAAAUUGGGACGUCAACGGAUCCGCUGCCGCCGUCCAGGGCAUAGGAUCCUCGCCCGAGUACCUCUUCGGGAGCUUCGAGUCUGUUCGCAGGAACUCGAGCGCCGUCGUGGUCUUUGACCGCACGAAUUUUAAGAAGGUGGGCGAGAUUGGGUGGAGGGAGGUGUACGGCGCCGAGCUGGACUCUGCCAUCCCGGCCACCAAGCUCAAGUGGGUUAACGGGUUCAAUCUCUUGCUCGCAUCCGGUUCGCAUGCGGGCCCGUCCGGGCUGACGGGAAAUAUCCGGUUGUGGGAUGUGAGGUCCGGCGCGGUGGUGUGGGAGGUAACAGAGAAGGAGGACUGCUUCGCUGAUGUGGUGGUGUCGGAGAGCUUGUCGGCCAUUUUCAAGGUGGGUGUGAACUCCGGGGAGGUUUUUAUGCGCGACUUGAGGAGGUUGAGCGGCGGCUCCACCGAGGAGGAUUGGAUUUGUAUGCAUGGGAACAAGGUGGUGGAUGCGAACGCUGACAAGAAGAAGAAAGAGGGGAGUGGUUGUUUGGUGGAAUGCCACGGAGACAAGGUGUUUGUGAGCAGGGGCGGGGACGUGGAGAUAUGGAGCGAGGUUCUGAUGGGUGGCGGGACGAGGAGGAACGAGGAUGGUGGGGAAUCAGGGGAGAGGGUGAUGAGGAAGAAUCUUAUGGGAAGGAGAGAGGACGUGGGCGGGAAAAAAAUUGUUAGAUUAGGAUUUGGGGGAAGCAGGAUGGUGGUUUUGAGGAAGGAGGAGCAAAGUGUGGAAGUGUGGGACACUUCAUCAUCCAGGGGUUAGCUUGGAACCAAUGAUUGCCCUAAAUGGUGUUUCUACCUGUACAAAUUGUGCUAAAAUGGAGGAUUUGGUUCUGAUUACGUCAGUUAACCCGUUGGUGGCCAGAGUUUUAUUGAGAUUCUCAAGUUAAGAAAACAUUGGACUUGAGAAAACCUGAAAAGGAGGUAAACCCAUGGACUGAGCUGGAUGGUGGAAUUGUUUUCUCAAAUGCAGAUUAAGGCAAUUUUCGUGUAACUAAUUUUCAAAUUUUGUUUCUUGGAUAUGGCUGAUGUGGAUAAAUUACAUUCUCAGCAUAUGCCUUUUCUAAUAUUUGGAAGUUAUCUUGACCAUGCUGUUGAUCAUUCGAUGGACAUAGGCGAUAUUCUCCCCUCCAGUAUCCGGGCAUACCUGCAGCAGACGAAGGUGCGGCUCCCGUAGCUCCAAAACUCAAAAGAAGCUGGGACAACAGGGUCAUCACCUCUAAGCAUGUUCCCACAGGUGCCUGGGGACGGAGGAUCUCUAGACUUCCUGAGAAUUAAACAACCCACAGGUUUUUCACAUCCUUCUCCGCAUACUGCUUCUGAUUUUAUUGUGGAAUUUGUUCCUACCGAUUCAUGGGUGACAUAGUUCAGGCUUUAUCUACCGGUGUCAUGAGGUGGAAUAUGCAAAACACAAGCAACGCAAACAAAGUUUACUGGUAUUCGAUAUAUAGCAUUCACCAAUACUUCGUUUAAUUUCUUUGACAAUUUAAACCAGUCCACAUGUACUCUGUCACUAAAAAAGUUGGAAGUCAUAUAUUU